AAACACUGUCCAAGACUGAUACAAAGUCCAGUUUGUUACUGUGGGUUGUUAAUUGUCUGCAGCUCUGCCACAGGAUGGUUUUUCUCUGUCAGCAGGAUUUGACCUAUAGAAAGACUCUAGUAAAUGAAUGACCAGAGCAUGUUCAUGUUAUUACAUAAAAACUUUCUGUAUGUUGCACUGAGAGGUCGCUCUCUUUUGUACUGUGUUGCAAGAUUCCCUGAAUAAACUCUAGAGAGCAGUGUUGUUCCAUCUCUCACAGAUACUUUCCACUCUUUUGGUGGUGCCGCUUGUAUAGUUUUGAUAUUUGAUAUUUGAUAAAUUAUGUUUCCUAAAACCACAUAUCAGUGUCAGUAUGUGCUUCUAAUGACUCUCUAAUCAGUGGUCUCACUCUCUGUUUUCACACUCAGCUUAGAGAGAAGGGUCAAUGGUGAAGACGAGACCAACACUGUUCAUAAAAUGUGUUGAGUGCAUCUUUGAUGAGAGAUGUCAACCUUCUUUUUGCAUAUCAUUUCUCCCUGCACAGCUGCAGCCCUUAACAGAUGGACAAAUUGCUCCCAUAACAGUCCAGUAGCUUCCAGUCAGACAUACCCAAACACACACACAGCUUUGUGCCUCGGCCUGCAGCCUUGACAGUGAUCCUCCUGCACAUGUGUGAAGGAGCUUCUUCAGUUACUGCCUCUGCACAUGCAUUAGUCUGAAAGGUUAUUUUGGGCUGCAGAAAGCACCACAGUAACCCUGUGCUUCUAGUGAAAUAAUAGGAGGAGUCAGGCUUUUACCCUCCUAUUUUGCCCCUGUGUGCUGGUCCCCCCAUGUCAACUGGCAGGGGAUUUCCCUCCAAGCAAGAGUUUCCCCUGCUCUUUACGCCACAGCAUUAGGUUGGAUCUUCAUUUUAAAACAAUGGACAACAGUCCUGUGCAAGUGUUGACUGUCCCUACGGCCCCCUACCCUGACCAGAGGCCUGGGACCAGUGGUCUGAGAAAAAGAACGUUUGUAUUUCAGUCCAGGAGGAACUACUUGCACAACUUCAUCCAGAGUAUCUUCUCCUCAAUUGACCUGCGUGACCGCCAGGGAUCCACAGUCGUGGUCGGGGGAGAUGGACGCUUCUUUAAUCGAACAGCUAUUGAGGUCAUUGUGCAGAUGGCAGCUGCCAAUGGGGUGGGCCAUCUGAUCAUCGGACACCAUGGGAUAAUGUCCACCCCAGCUAUCUCCUGUGCGAUCAGGAAAUACAAAGCCAUCGGCGGCAUCAUCCUCACUGCCAGCCAUAACCCCGGUGGACCUGAUGGAGACUUUGGCAUUAAGUUCAACACCGCCAAUGGAGGUCCAGCUAAGGAGGACCUCACAAACAAGAUCUUUCAACUCAGCAAAACCAUCGAGGAGUUCGCCAUCUGCCCCGGCCUCCGACUGGAUCUGACCACCCUGGGGAAACAGAUGUUUGAUCUGGAGAACAAGUUCAAACCAUUUACUGUGGAAAUUGUGGACUCGGUGGAAUCCUACGCCAACUUGUUGAGGAAUAUCUUUGACUUUGCGGCCCUGAAGGAGCUUCUGUCUGGAGAGAACCGCAUCAAGAUAAGACUGGAUGCCAUGCACGGAGUGGUAGGACCAUAUGUCAGGAGAAUACUGUGUGAGGAGCUGGGCUGCCCAGCCAAUUCUGCCAUUAACUGCGUCCCACUGGAGGAUUUUGGGGGUCAACACCCAGACCCUAACCUCACCUAUGCUGUGGAUCUGGUUGAGAGCAUGAGAGAUGGACAGUAUGAUUUUGGUGCAGCUUUUGAUGGAGACGGGGACCGUAACAUGAUCCUUGGUAAACACAGCUUUUUCGUCACCCCAUCUGACUCUGUGGCUGUGAUCGCUGACAACAUCUUCUGCAUCCCAUACUUCCAGCAUACAGGGGUGAGAGGCUUCGCUCGCAGCAUGCCCACAAGUGCAGCCUUAGACAGGUAAAACUUUAGCCUGGCUUUCACCUAUCACUCUCAAAACCAAACAGC